AUGACCUUAGGUCCCCUAACCCUCUUUAUCUAUAUAACUCCCUCCUCUAUUAUAGACCUACUCCCUCUCCUUUUAUUCUUUGCUUUUUCCCUUUUUUUACUUCUUUUCUUUGCCUUUCAAAUUUCCAGUGAAUUUUCUUUCUUUCUUUCUUUCAGCACAUUCUAUUUUAACGUAAUAUUUUGCUUCUUUUCACUUUUCUUUUCUAUUUUUCAUUUUUCUUUUCUUUGUUCUUUAGCUAAUGUAUUUUUGGACCUUAAUAUUAUCUUUUUUUUACCCUACAAUUUUUAUGUCUUUCCAUUAUUUGUUGCGUCUCCAUUUUCUUUCUUCUCAUCGUUUGUAAUUUUUUUCUCUCUUUCUUUUCGUCUUUUUUUUUGGCUUGCUUUACUUCGUCAUUCUUUCUUUCUUUCUUUCUUUCUUUCUUUCUUUCUUUCUUUCUUUCAGUUCUUCUCCGGAGUUUCGUUUCUUUCUUUCUUUCUUUCUUUCUUUCUUUCUUUUAUCGAUUGUUUCUUCGCUCUCCCUUUUAUUUCUCCUCGUCCUUUUCUAUUUUUUCUUUGUUUAGUUUCUUUUUCUUUUCUUGCUUUAAUGCUUGCUUGA